AUGCCGCUCCGUCUCGACAUCAAGCGCAAACUCUCGUCCCGCUCUGAGCGGGUCAAGAGCGUGGACCUGCACCCGACCGAGCCCUGGGUGCUCUCGGCGCUCUACUCGGGCACGUUGAUGAUCUGGAACUACGCGACGCAGUCCCUCGUCAAGACGCUCGAGGUCUCGUCGCUGCCCGUGCGCAAUGCCAAGUUCGUCGCUCGGAAGCAGUGGGUCGUUGCCAGUUCUGACGACAUGCAAGUGCGCGUCUUUAACUACAAUACUAUGGAGAAGGUCACGACGUUCGAGGCCCAUAGUGACUACAUUCGCCACAUUGAAGUGCACCCGACGCUGUCGUGCUUCCUCACGUGUGCAGACGACAUGACGAUCAAGUUGUGGGACUGGGACAAACACUUUGCCUGCACGCAGGUGUUUGAAGGCCAUGGCCACUACGUUAUGAUGGUCAAGUUCAAUCCAAAAGACGCGCACUCGUUCGCGAGUGCGUGCCUCGAUCGGACUGUGCGGGUCUGGGGCUUGGGCUCGAGUCACGCACACUUUUCACUGGACGGACACGAGCGAGGGGUCAAUUGUGUCGCGUAUUAUCCAGGCGGAGAUAAACCGUAUCUGCUCUCAGGUAGCGAUGAUCGGACGGUGAAAGUGUGGGACUACCAGACGAAAGCUAUUGUCCACACGCUGGAUGGACACGGCAAUAACUUGACAUCGGUGUUGUACCACCCAAGGCUCCCACUCAUCAUUUCGGCUUGUGAAGAUGGUGCCGUGAGGAUGUGGCAUUCGACGACGUACCGUGCUGAGACGACACUCAAUUACGGCAUGGAACGCAGUUGGUCGCUUGCAGCACUACCAUCGGCCAACACGCUGGCGAUCGGCUACGAUGAAGGUACGAUCGUGUUGAGAUUAGGACACGACACGCCCGUCGUGAGUAUGGACGCUGGUGGCAGCGGAAAACUUAUCUGGACAAGUAACAAUGACGUCCACACCGCUAGCUUGAAGGGCGUGGUGGCUGAAAUGGGUCUUCAGGACGGUGAAAAGCUACCGCUCGUCUCAAAAGACUUGGGGAGCUGCGAAGUAUACCCGCAGAAGGUACAACACAACAGCAAUGGCCGUUAUGUGGUUGUCUGCGGCGACGGCGAGUACAUUAUUUACACAGCACAGCAGUUGCGUAACAAGGCUUUUGGUGCCGCACUGGACUUCAGCUGGUCGCCAACUGGCACAGGUGAUUACGUGGUACGUGAGAGCGUUUCAAAGCUCACGCUGUUUCGUAAUUUCAAGGAGGUGAAAAGUGAGAAGCCUCGUGUGCUUUCUGCUGAAGGGUUGUUCGGAGGUACAGGUGCCAUCGGCGUUAAAGGCAAUGACGCCAUUGCUAUGUUUGAUUGGGAAGAGCUGCGACUGAUUCGUAAGAUUGACGUGGUGGUCAAAAAUGUGUUUUGGUCUGAAAACGGCAGUCUCGUUGUGCUUGCGUCCGAGUCGAGUUUUUUCGUGUUACGAUACAACAAAGAAGUGGUGGCACAGUCUUUUGCUGCUGGCACAAAUUCACCCGAAGAAGGCGUUGACGGCGCCUUCGAUCUGCUGCACGAAAUCUCUGAGAAGGUGGGCACCGGCACGUGGGUCGGAGAUUGCUUCUUGUACACCAACGCCGGUGGCAGACUCAACUACUACGUCGGUGGUGAGGUCAUGACGCUCGCUCACCUGGAGCAGAAGAUGUAUAUUCUCGGGUACCUUCCGCGCGAAAGCUUGGUGUUUCUUAUGGACAAAAUGAAGAACGUAGUGAGCUACACUGUUUCGUUGGUCAUGCUGGAGUACCAGACUGCUGUGGUGCGUCGAGACUUUGAAAGUGCAAAUGCCAUAUUGCCUAAUAUUCCGGCAGAUCAAAUGGACUAUGUGGCUCGAUUUUUGGAGUCACAGGGGUUUAAAGAAGAGGCUUUGGCUUUAAGUACUGAUCCAGACCAAAAGUUCGACCUCGCCGUGCAGCUUGCAAAGCUGGACGUGGCACGUGAUAUCAUGCUGCAGGAAAUUGACAAGGGAGAGGAUGGCAAGGAUGUGGAUAUCGAGACUCAGCACAAGUGGAAACAGCUGGGGGAUCUUGCACUUAACGAUUGCCAACUAACUCUGGCUGAGGAUUGUGCCCUUCGCGCUGACGACUUUAGCUUACUGCUGAUUUUGUAUACAAGUCGUGGAGACAAGGAUGGUCUUGUUCGUCUUGCUGGACUUGCUCGCGAAAAGCGCCGUUAUAACAUAGCAUUCAUAUGCUGGUUACUGCUGGGCAGAACUACAGACUGUGUUGAAGUGCUGAAGGAAACCAAGCGGUUCCCAGAAGCCGCCUUUUUCGCUCGCAGCUAUUGCCCGUCUAAGAUGCAGCUGGUAAUGGACAAGUGGCGAGAAGAUCUGGCUGCUGUCAGCUCCCGUGCUGCCAAGGCACUGGCCGACCCUGCACACAAUCCUGCUUUGUUUGAGAACCUGCAGCUCUCCAUGCAGGCUGAGGAGAUGCUUCUUGCUCACAAUGGAUGCGAUGAGACUAUGGCUCCGGCGUCAGCAUACGCUGCAAAAAAGGAGAUGCUCGAGAGCGAGAACAUUCUUGAAUUAAUCUUGAGUGGAGGCGCUGCAGCGACUUUUGCUGUCGGUGCUUGCGAAGCGUAUACCAAAGAUGGUAUGUUCAAUGCAGAAGCAGAAGCUCAGGCGGAAGCCCUUGCUCAAGCUGAAGCGCGAGCUCUAGCUCAAUCUUUUGCACAAGCAGAGGCGAUGGCGGCAGCUGACGUUGACGCGCGGGCGCAUGCAGCAGCGGAAUUAGCAGCAGCUGCGGAAUCAGCUCAGGCGCAAGCUGAGGCUCAGGCGGUGUUGGAAGCCGAGGCUCAAGCUCGUGCGGAAGAAGAAGAGCGGCAGCUUUUUGAGGCUCAAGCCCGUGCGAAAGAAGAGCGGCAGCUUCUUGAGGCUCGAGCUCGUGCGGAGGAAGAAAGGCAGCUUUUUGAGGCUCAAGCUCGUGCAGAAGAAGAAGAGCUGCAGCGUGUCGAGGCUCUAGCCCGUGCAGAGGAAGAGUGGCAGCGCGUCGAGGCUGAAAGACGCGCUCGAGCUAUGCAGGAGGAAGCAGCCGCUGCCGCUGCUUUUACCGCACAUGCGCAAGCCGAAGCAGAGAUUGAUCCACAAUGGCAACAGCAACAGCAUGACAGCGUGACACCGAGCGGCUUCGGCGGUGUUGAUGGCAGUUUGGACCUCGUCUCAGGCUCCACUCGGUCGGUAUACAGCAGUCAGAAUGCGUUUUCAUCCUCCCAGAAUUCCGGUCCAGACGUGACUGCUUCUACGCCAACAACGUCGAUGGCUGCUGGCAUCACCGGAGAGCUAUUGGACUUCGAACUGGACAACGCUGACAUCCAGUUCGAAGACGACGACGACGCUGACUGGGGUGAAAUGUAG